CUGCUCUACCCCCUCCUCUUCCUGGCACUGAGUCCAGGGGGGGAGGGAGGGAGGGAGGAGGGAGACAGGACCUGGGGGGCCCUGCACCCCGAUCCCCCCACCCACGGCACCCACAGCACCCGGAUCGGAGAGGGGGCCGCCUCCUCCUCCUCCUCCUGCUGCCGGGGAGAGGGGCACUAUGCACCCAGGUGUGGGCUAGUGUGGCACUGCACGGAGCGGUUGUGACCUGGCUGGCUUGGACCGUGGAACCGAGGCUGCUGGAUUAUGAGUGCCCCGAGGGAGCGUGCCCACCCUUAAAGCCGCCUGCCGCGAGGUUUGCAGCCAUGAGCAGGUGCCCAAGCGCUGAGGGAGCACAAUGAAUGGCGGCGAUGAUUGCUCUGGUGUGGAUCGAGGUGGGCGCCCGGCGGUCACUCCUGUGCCUGUGGGCUGGCAGCGCAGGGUGGAAGAGGGCAGAGUGCGCUACAUCAGUCCGAGUGGUACAAGCCUGGCUUCGCUGGAGCAGACUCGUGCGUACCUGCUGGCGGACGGCACUUGCAAGUGCGGCCUGGAGUGUCCCCUCAACGUGCAUAAGGUUUUCAACUUCGACCCAGCAGCGAUGGUGAUGGGAAGCGAAGGCACUAAGGGGGACGAAGACAUGACCAAGCUGUGCAACCACCGUCGGAAAAUUGUGGCAAUGGCCACACUCUAUCGCAGCAUGGAGAGCCAUGGGCCGCUGAGCUUGCCCCAUCUGGGCCCAGGGACUGGGCUCAACCAACCAUCUCAUCCAACCAUGCCAGGACCAAGCAGUCGUUCACAGCAUGCCCUUCCCAGCAAGGCAUCUACCACUUUGGCGAAGGGUCCAGAACUCUACUCACAGUGUCCCUCUGAUCGCUAUGGCAAUGCUUGGUCCAGCCAGAGUUCCUCUUUUCCACACCAUCACAAUGCCCUCUUUGGCGAUGUCUUCCCAGGCCGCCUACCUGCUGCCACUACCAACGGCAACACACGCCCAGCUUUCCCUGGUGAACUGAAUGCUGCUGGGGGUUCCUAUUUGCCCGGCAAAGCCCUUCCAGAUGCUCCACCCCGACCCUACCCUUCUGGUGGUCUUCUCUUCCCUCCGCCCGAUGAAGUGGUACCUAGUCAAGAGAGUAGUGGUCCUUGGAGCAGCCGCUUGGUUGCACCUCUUGGCUCGCAGGCUAACGCAGUGGCGUCACCUGCCCCCACUAGCCUCUCCUCGGUCUCCUCGCCUGCAGGCAGCACCGAGCCUUCGCCACAGCGCUCUCGGCACUCCUCAGCUUCCUCAGAGCAGGGCCUCUCUGGACACCGCCUGGCCCCCAAACACUUGGAUGCAACGCCCUUGGCCAAUGCCUUAACCAACCAAAGCAGCAAUAACCUGCCCUCAGUGCCCUUAGAAGUUGCCUCAGAUGGCAAAGGACCGCCCGGCCUGCUGCUGCUUCACCCCCAGGGCCCAGGCUCUUUUCCAGCCAGCAGUUUGUUGAGCGCAGCUGCCAAGGCCCAGCUGGCUAGCAGGGGCCGCCCCGACGAGCUAGCUGCCAGCACUUUACCCAGCCGCUUGCUGCUCUCUGUUGUGGGCGGGCGGGCACCUCGGCGCCAGCGCCGCUCCCCUACCGUCCUGCGCCUGCUCAAGGAUUCCCACCCUGGAAAGGCUGGGAUCACCCAUCCUGAAGAGACGCUGACCCGACAUCCCUGGCCUCGGGAUCAGCCGCCAGUAGGAGAGGCCAAGAACGGACCUCCAACCUCGGCAGCUCCAGCACAGCCGCUCUCUUCCCUGCUCACUCUGCUUGGACCUCCUGUGAGUUCCCCAACACCAGGUCUCCCCUUUCUGGCCCAACCUUCUUCUGGCGACAGCUCCAACUCUUUGCCCUCCUUCCAGGACUUCAACAGCCAGCUCCUCAGUCUCUUUGGGCAGUUGGCCUCAGCGUCUUCCGAACAGAUCUCAGGGAGCCCCCCACAGCCAAAACCUCCUAACUCUCCACUCGGAUCCCAGGGCUCCGCAGGGGCUGCUUCCGCUUCGCCCGUGACUCCCAAAGCCCCCUCAGCACCCAGUCCUGUCGCUGUCACCACCAGCGCAAUGGAGAGUGGGGGACUGGGCUGCCCAUUGCCUUCAGGCACCGACCCUUUCCCCUUCCUGUCACAGGAACAGGCGCUGUCGUUUGGGAACACUCUACCUCCUGGGCUGCUCCCGCUGGGCUCCUUCCCUUUCUCAUUGACUUUGGGCCCGGAGACGCCACUUCCCCCACUUGGCCUUCAAGGGGAGCCCGACGGACAGCCCUUGCUGCCUCUGGUUCUGCCCAGUCUGGAUUUGCUACAACAACCCACUGGGCUCCUAGCAUCGCUGCUGGCCCUGCCAGAGGCAACGUGUGAGGGAGAAAGGGGCAUGCUGACCACUGAGCCCUUGCUGGAGCCCUUUGCCGGCCUCCCCGAAUCUCUGCAGCCCCUGCUUUUCCCAGCACUUUCCUCCUCUCCGGCUGUCCUAGCUUUAAACUCAGCACUGUUGGCAACCAGCCUGGGCCCUGCAGACCCUGGGCCAGGCCACACACAGAUUGGCCUGGUUAGCACUCCUGUGGCACCUACCUCCACUAGCACGACAUCCACAACUACUGAGGGGACUCCUAGUGCCUCUGGGCGACUGAACCCCCUGAUGCCCCAGCUUGUCAACCCACUGCUGAGUACUACACUUCUGGGAGACCUGUCUGCGUUGAACCCAGCCUCUGGCCCUUCUCUGAUUGGAAGCUCUCUGCUUCAGGCCCAGCAGUCGCUUCUGCCGCCCAACCUACAAGGGCCGCUUGGACUCCAGCUUUUCCAAGGGCAGUUGCCCCUGCUGGCCGGCUCCAACCCUAUGGCCUGCCUCCUCCAGAGCUUGCAGCUGAGCCCUGGCUUUGGUACUCCAGAGAAGCCAGUGCUGCCCAGUGAAGCUCCAGCCCCAGCCUUGUCCAACCUGGAGCCCAUGCUGGAGACCGAGCCCAACCACAGUGCUGUGUUGCCUCCUUGCACUGACACUGUCCCCGCAAGUGCCUUAGAGCCCCCCAGCACGCCAGAGCCCCCUAAGCAAGGACAGCAGGAGGCCAGCGGCUCCCGCUCCCCCUUCAAGCGCCCCCGGCAUGGCACCGAAGAGGUCAAUGGGGACCCUGGCAGCAGCCUCCCCCGGGGGCCGGGCCGGGGCAGGAAAUCUGGACGACGUGGGGGCGGCCGGGGCAGAGGCAGGCGGCACUAUAAUGGACAGCUCCCCGAUCUGGGCACCGGGCACCCAUCCCACCCAGCUUGGCGGUUGAAUGGAGAGAUGGUAGCAAGCAGCGCAGAAAGCCAAGCAAGUCCUUUUGCCGUUCAGGAGAUAAAGGGCCCUCCUGGGAGGCGACCAGCCCGCCGUGGCCGGAGGAGGAAAAGCAGUGGUGCGCGGCCUAGCUCCCGAGCUGAAACUACACGGAUGCGAGGGGCCAGUGCUGAUCCAGGACCUAGCCCAGUGGUUGACUACACUGUUGCUCGGCGGCCACGUCCUGGUCGACCUGUGAAAAACAGGAGAAGGAAACUGCCCACAUAGCACCACCUGAGCUGAGGGGGCCUCUACCACUGUCUGCUUCUAAGCCCACACUGCUUAGGACACCAGGCAUCUGUCUCUCUCUGCCCCCGACCACCUUUGAUCGCGGAUGCCCAGUCCCUGGGCAUGUGAUGUCACAAGGGCAGGAGGAAAAUACCAGCAAGAGGAUUGGCUGUUGCUGCUGCCGGGCUCUUGGCGCCUUGGCUGUGAAUGUGUCUGUAGCUUCACCAGUUGCCUGGGCCCUGAAUCUCUCCCAGGAGGGACCUCUGAAAGCACAAGGUGCAGCUCUGGUCUCAGCAUUUUGGGGGCCGGGAGGGACGAGGCUGAGGGGACAAAAGGGGGGGGGGCUCCAGCUGGACCGGCCCAUAAGCACUUCUCAGAGCCCUUGUUUUGAAUGCUCUGAAAGGGAGUUCCUUGUAGCAGUGCAGUUAGGACCUUUGUCAACCCCUGCAUUCCUGUCUUCCCUGCCCCUGGUGACUUUGGCCUCCCCACCCCGGGUGGCUCUCAAAACCUUGGCAGGAGUAACAAGGGCUGUGUGCUCCAGGAAGGGGGCAUCCCUGCCCUUUCACUUCCCACCUUACCUCAGACCUGCGUGCGCUGUGGCACCCGGGUGAGAACCGGCUCAGGGUUUUAAUACAAGAAUCAAUCUCUCUUUCUCUCUCUUUUUUGCCUCGCCAAAAACACAAGACACAAUCUCCUGGUACCAGUACUAAGAAAGCAAUAAGGAAAACAAGCCACAUUUGUUCGGGGAGGAUUCGCUCCCAGCAACUCCCUCUCUCCCAACUAAUAUGCCACCAAAACAGCCUAGCCUGGGUGAUAAUUGAGCCAGCUCUCCUCCCUGGCUCUGGUUUGGGCUGUGAAAACCUCAAGCAGAGCCUCCCCAGUUACAAACACAUGCAAAAACUAGCCUUGGAUAUAUUUUUCUUGUUCUUCUCUCAUAUAAAAAUAUCCUCCAAAGGAACACUCAGGUGAUAGCGCAGGGGGAGAAGGUUAACGGAGACGAGGAGAUUGCGCUCAAAAUACAAUUGACCCAGUUUUGCCCGAGCAAGUUUCUUUCAUCUGCUUCCCUCCCUCAUAAUUCAACACACACGCGCGCACACACUACAAUCCUCAUCUCUGAACGACCAAAAUACUCCACAUCCAACUCUUCCCCCUCAUUUCUACCCCAGUCUGGUUGCAACUCUUGAUGCAUUAUGCAAAAGCACUGUGUAGAUACUGUACAGGUUGCGCUGUGUUUCCUCCCCUUCCUCCUCCCCCGUCCCCCCCCCCCGGUCCCCCCCACCCCACCCCGUGCACUUCAACCAACCAACCAACUUCGGCCUUUGUUUUGUAUAAAGAAUAAAAAAAGGAAUUGGGAAAAAUACUAUUUUCCUUCUUUGAGCUUAAAUUUUGUUUUGUAAAAAAUAAAUUUACACAAUUGUGAAUUGUAGCUUUUCUAUGGGAGCGACUUUUAAUUUAACAGAUGAAAAUAUUUUGAUGGUUAGAUUGAAGUUACUGUUUCUUUGUUUAUUUUUGGGGGUGUGUGUUUUGUAUCAAGUAUUAAAUAAUGUAUUUAAAAGAC